AUGAGUGACUAUGACACACUGAUGGAAUUUUACAAUUCUGGAAAUUAUUCAAGAAAGGACUUUAUUCCUAAAGCUAACGUAAGUGUAGCAAUUAAUGUGUCAGUAUCCGUGGAUUUACUCGCUCUCAAUGAUUUUAACGAAGUCUCCGGUUCUAUCGAUCUAAUGAUUGGUCUCAAUCUCAGAUGGACAGACGAAAUUGUACAGUGCAAUGGGUAUGACCUUGCGACGGUAUUCAAUGCUACAGCUACAGGCACACCAGAUGCCCUAAAAUCCUUAUUGGUUCCCUAUGGGAAAAUAUGGUCACCAAACAUGGUGCUUUUGAAUGCUAUGGACUCGGCCACAACUAUUGGUGGAUCUAUUUACAAACUUCGAUUCGAUUUAACAGAAGCUUUAGUAACUUGGAAUCCAAAGGUACAUGUGUAUAGUUCCUGCACUCCAGAUGUCACAUACUACCCUUUCGACAGGCAAACAUGUACUUUUACAUUCUUGUCUUGGGGAAAUACCGCAUCAGAGCUCCUAUUUAAAACUGACAGAUCAACUCUGAAUUUGGGUUCAUAUUCAGAUAACGGAGAAUGGAAAGUGUCAAACAGCAAAAUGUCUGUACCAACUGUUAAUUCACAGUCACAAAUAGAGAUAUCAAUAACAAUAGAUAGGCGGCCACUCUAUUUUGCUUUCAAUAUCAUCACACCAAUUAUGGUUCUUGUAAUAUUAAAUGGAAUGGUAUUUUGGCUGCCUGUUGAAUCUGGAGAACGUAUCGGUUUCUCUGUCACGUGCUUCUUGUCUUUUGUUGUCUUAUUGAACAUGAUCAUGGACCUGAUGCCAAAAUCUUCAUCCCCGAUAGCCUACAUAUGUUUCUACACAGUAUGCAUGAUGGUAUUCAGUGGAUUGAAUACAGCUCUUGUUAUCCUACAGAUGAGAAUGUUUCAUAAACCGGAAACAGAUGAGGUACCUAGUUUUAUAGUUUCAUACAUACGGUUUAUGAAAUGUCAAACAUGCAAAAGGAACACAAAUAAGGAUAAAAUUAACAGUGUUAAAGUGGAACCAUCCGAUAUACGAGAGGACCCCUCGAAGACGAAGGGAAGUGUAAAAUCUGAUAGAUCAGAAUUCGAGAACGAGGGAGUAGCGAUCACAUGGCAGGAUGCCGCGGCUGAAUUAGACAAGAUUCUCUUUCUAACAUUUCUUGCUGGACAAACGAUUUUUUCAAUUUUAUUUCUCCUACCAAUCUUUUUACUGUAA